AUGUCCCAUCCUGCUGCGAGCAUCAAGUCCAUCUUCAGCGGGAAGGUCAACUUGACCGAUUCCGGCUUUGAGGAUGUGAGUGAUAACAAUGCUUCAUUUAGAGACGGUCAACAAAAUGACGGCCAAGAUUCCACCGCAGACUUCUCCAAGCCCAAGAGCUAUUUUUCUGAUGAUGAGCUCAAUUCAGAAUCCUCGUAUCACGACACACCCAACCAGCUCAGAAAUCCGACUCCUAUGAUCAGCACUAGUGCUCCUAGCGAUGGUGAUAACUAUAGCGUCAGUUCUAGGAACUUAAGACUCAUGAUGAUGCAGAAGGGAGAGGUGUACGACCCACAGAAUCUGUCGACCAACAUCUCCUUGGCUUCAAGCGGUAGCGACUACCAAGCUCCUAUCCCGAACGAUCCUGCCACCUACAAUAGCGAUGCCAGUCAGAACGGAUUGCUUCUUAGCGAGAGUCUUUCCAGGCCUCUUUCCCGUAACUCCACCACCUCGUGCCUUUCCACAACAGCAACCAAAGAUGGCGUCGAAGGGAAGAAGCUACAUCGCCAUGGCCCCACACCUUACUUCUCAAGCGUGAUUGCCAACAUGCUUCUGCAACAGCAACAACAGCAACAGGCCCAACAACAGCAGGCUCAUCAGCAGGACCGACAACAAGAAAACCAGCAGAGCUUUGCCCAACCCCAGCCGCCUCUCAGUAACCCUACCAACCCAACCACACUCAAGCAGACAACGCCAACCACUUUUGAAGCACUGCUUGGCGAUGAAGAUUUGAGUGUAGCUUCCCAGACAAAUGGAGAGUCAGGCAACAAGCAGCUUAACGAGUACGACUCGUUGGGCCUCCCUCCAGUGACAUUGAAGGAAAAAAUUAUGUUGCUCAAUCCCGACCAGCCAAGGUCAUGA